UGACCUUCUUCCGCUGGUCUGCCUCCCUAUCGCGGACCUUUUCCCUUCUUUGUUGCUGGAUAUAUUACCCGCUCUCUUCUUAUAGCGCUGCUUGCCCGUCCCCUCUUGCACAGCGCUCCCCUCGCCUUCGCCUGCGCCUAUCAGCCCUUCCGCGAUCCUGUCUCUCCCCUGACACUUCGCACCUCGAGCUCUCUCCUUUGAGGCACAGCUGGGACUGCAGGAGACACUCGUGUGCAUCCAUUACUUCUCCCUCGAGGCGGUGAAUUGCAUCCGUCGAUACUAAUUUCAACCCACCAACUGCCCGCCACGGUACACCACUACCGCCAUCAUGUCGGCCAGCCACAUCGCCGCCAACAGGAACAGCACUCCCGAGGGCUCCUCUUCCCUCCGCCCGCCCCAGGCCCGCUCUUCGCUCGGUGCAAACCACCAUCUCCGCGCCUCUGCCGAUCUGGGCGGCUUCCCCUCGCCUUUGGCCAACCGCGGCAUUCGCCCCGCCUCCGAGAUCUACUUUGGCCGCAACAACACUCAGUCUGGCAAUCCAGACGAGAUGGAGCGUGCUGCCCAGCAGUGGCUUGCAGACAUUGACCAGUAUGAGACCACGCUUGAGGAGAUGGCGACAGCCACCCUUGACCAGGACUUCAAGGACGAGUUGAGCGCCAUCGAGCAGUGGUUCCGCGUUCUUAGCGAAGCGGAGAGGACCGCUGCUCUCUACGCUCUCCUGCAGCAGACAACCCAAGUUCAGAUUAGGUUCUUUAUCCAGGUUCUGCAGCAAAUGUCCAAGAACGUGCCCAUGUCUGGUGUACUUUCACCUGCUAGCUUUGGAGAAAAGGAUCCAAUGACGCAGAAACUGAGCGAUGCCAUGAGCAAGCUCAACACGGGCGAGAACCGCCAUUCUAUGGGCCUCGGUCGCCCCCCGCCAUCCCCGGGUGCUGGAAAACGCAACUCGGGUUUGGAAACCUCCACCAUCAACCGCAUGUUCCCGGAUGCGGCUGCAGCUAUUGCUAAGCAGAAAGCUGAAUUCACCGAUGUUGUAGGCGUUGCACCCGCGUCAAACCGCAACAGCACUGUCGGCGACCGCAGCUCAAUGGCAGCUCCCACCAUCUCUGCCCCUGAGGACAACAAGAGGGAAAACAAUGCCCCGCCGGCAUCUCCCUGGAACGAAGGCGCGAACCGUCCAAAGUCCUCUGGCCAGCAGCAGCAACAGCAACAACAGCCCAUGGGCCAGUUCUCGCAGCCCCCUCCAUCCGCCGGUCUUCGCUCCCCUCGUCUUCCCCUCCAGAAUGAUGGCAAUAAUGUGCAGACUACUACUCUGAAUGCUCUCGAGGCAAACUCCAACAUGCCACUUCUUUCGCCUUCUUACCAGCCAGGUGGCAGCUGGGCGUCGCAGCUGAGCACCCCCAUGGUCGCCAACUUUAGCCAGUCCAACAACCAGGCUGAUAUGGUUGCCAAUGCCACGGCCAUGAAGCUUGCUGCACUCUCUACUGUUAACAACCGUAUUCAGUUGGACGAUGUGCGCAAGUUCCGUCGCGCUCGCUCAUCAGACAACGGCCCUAUGUCGCCUGGUAUGCCUCAAAUGGGCAAUGGAAACAUUCUCAUGACAAACGAGAUGGGCCAGGUCUUGACUCCCCAGCAAGCGGCUGCCCUUCAGGCCCAACAGUUGGCUGCCAUGAACGGCCGCCGAUCUCGACCUAGCUCUCCUGGUUUCGCAAUGCAGGGCCAGGGUAUGGGUAUGGGCGCCAUGGGUAGCUUCACGUCCCCCCAGGCCAAUGGUUUCCUAGCUGCUGACUAUGGAGGUGGAAUGAUGAACAACGGCAUGGGUGCACUUAACCUUGCUCAGUUUGGAUUGGGUAGCGGAGGCAACAACGACGGCCACGGCUUCCUCGGUGAGAACAUUGACCGUGGUCGAUCUCCCCGAGGUCGCCGCGGCAGCUCCAAGCCCCCGGAAGAUCCUACGGACCCUGGUCUGCUCUCGGAUAUUCCCAACUGGCUCCGCAGUCUCCGGUUGCACAAGUACACGGAUAACCUCAAGGACCUCAAAUGGCAGGAGCUCAUUGAGCUUGACGAUGAAGGUCUGGAGAAGCGCGGAGUUAACGCUCUUGGUGCGCGUAGGAAGAUGUUGAAGGUUUUCGAGCAGGUGAAGGAAGCUCAGGAACAGGGCAAAUUGCGAUAGAUCCGCGACCUGUACCUCCGGACUCGCACACGCGAACGAGUUCAUCUCAAAACAUAGAUAUACGAUGGAAAAGCGGCGACCUCCAGCUGGCACGGAUGCAAAAUCCGUCGGGUCUGGGAACGCAUACGAUGACAUGCUUUAUGCUCUGAGACCCCAUUUGGAUGUUGUGUUGGCCCAUCGUAUGUCGAAGGCUGGCUUCCACUGCAGUUUCUUUUUUGUACAAAUGUAUUAGUGUGUGGUUUUCAAUUGUAAGGUUAGGGUAGAAGAGGCCGGGCAACGGCAAAAAUUAAUCACGCCAUUACGCGCUUUCUGCAAGAAGAUUCGUGUUCAG